AUGCCCACCAAGAGACUAAGCGAUGGCAUGCGUCGUCGCUGUGCUGCAGCAUGCGAGAGCUGCAAACGCCGAAAAGAACGAUGCGACGGCAACUUGCCAUGUCGUCGGUGCGCCCUCCGAGAGAUCGCCUCCGAAUGUCGCUAUUCAACUCCAAAGCGGCGGGCGUCCGUCUCCUCACGCCAAAGUACCAGCAUAGGUUCACGGGAACCCCCAGACCUAGUGACAGAUAUGCUGCUGAGCUACUCGGCCGUUGCCCACGACCAACCUCUUCACCAGAGAGCGAGCCAGCUUGGAGACUCCUUCUUGAACAUGGACACCGCAUUCCCUAACACGUAUCGGUUGAUAGAGGAGGACGACCAACAAGGUUCCCUGUAUUUUGGGGACGCGGCCAACGAGUCCUUUCUUCACAAGAUCCGUCAGCUCGUUGCUCAGACGCUGGGGCCUUGCCCGUUUGUCGAGCAGCCGAUACAAUACCAUACCAACCGCGAUUCCAUCUGCCCAGUUUCAAUGUCCGAUCCGCCCCCGAAGCCAAGCCAUUCGCAUGCAAAGCAGCUGAUGAAUUGGGGUUUGCAAUCUACAAGUCAUUUGCUGGGUGCUCUAGACGAAUCAGAGGUUCAGACACAAAUAGACAAGUGGCUGCAGCAGCAAGACGACGAUACUGCAAGCCUCUCAUCUGCAAUUUGUUACCUGAUCCUAGCAAAUGGUGCACUUACAUGCCCGGGAGACGAGGAUGCAACCGCCGAAGGGUACUACACAUAUGCGAAACAUCUGACAAAUUUAAAAUCGGACCAAGGGCCAAAUCUCUCAUCGAUCCUCUGUCACAACCUGAUUGCAUUUUAUCAGCUACACUCAGGAAGACGAGACGCCGCGUAUCACUCCAUCGGAGUCGCAAGCCGACUUGCAUGCGCCAUGGGCAUCCACAGAGUGGACAAACCAAACAACAUGAGUCACGCUGAUGCUGCUUUCCGCGAACGUCUCUGGAAAGCAUUACGGCUGUUUGAUACUUUCGCCAGUGGUUCUCUAGGGCGACCUAUCUGCACCUACGAGACUCGCAACACAAAGGCCGACAAGGGCUAUUCUUCUGCUAUCGAUAUGGCAGCUAUCAUAGAAUCCGUCUUGAGAGGCGUCUACGGGCCCUCCAAGGUCUCGAGGCACUUCAUCACAAGCAUGACUCAAGAACAUCGCUCAUGGGCAACUCGCAUGGCUCAUGGUUUAAAGACCGAUGGGUUAGAGUGCGCGGAGCAAGCCAAGGGUUACGAUUCAGCACCUACCCUGGCAUCCUUAAACAUGAAACAGUCAUACUACUGGUCAAUCAUGUUGCUGACUCGGCCUGUGCUGCUUGAUCGAGUGGCGGCACGGGCAAUGCGUGGUGCUCUCAGCGAUAACAGCUAUCGAGACCAAGACGGAGCGGCAACACCUUCAAAUCCCGACACAGCUCUUCUGUAUGCCUCAGUUGAUUCAGCUGUACGCAUAACACGCUUGCUUCAGAGCGUUCUCACGAGGGAGGAUGUACCCAAGCGGUCCCCAUUUCCGGUCCACUCUGCCUUCACUGCUGCUCUGACUCUCGGCGUCGCUACCUUUGCAGACCUGGACCAAGUUUUCCCGCUGCGCUCCAAUUUGGAAAUUGUGCGGCGUUUGCUGCAGAGGUUUGAGAAACAUGAUAGUAUCGCCAGGUACUACUGGCAGGUUGUGCAGCAGCUUCAAUCUGUAUGCGACGAGUACGUGGAGCAGCGGAAUAACCGUAUCGUUGAGAAGCAAAGCCAUUUGGUCGGCGAGCUGUUUGGUAGGCUUCAGGAGAAGACGCCUUUGCCGACACACAACCGUAGGAUUAUGGACGGAGGAUGGCCUGAUGAGGCGGUUGAAGCCCAUGGGGUCCAAGUCCAAACCCCAUUAGCCUCUCCGCCAAACAUCUCUUUGACGGAGGAUUCGGGGCUAGGAGCUGAUCUUACGAGUAUUGGUGGAAGUCUAGACCACCUUUCUAUUGACUUAUUCCAAGAUUCUUCGUUAAUAGACGUCCCGCAUAUAGAAGAUACUUCAGAUGUAGGUAGUAUAGUCUUCUCUGGCUUGAGCUGGUUUUAA